AGAAAUAAAAAGCCGUCGAGAUCAAGCAGCUAUGGCCAAAUUACAUCCUCCAGUGCUAUGGGCUCAGGACAAAAAGAGAAUAUUCCUCACAGUCGAAUUAAAUAAUAUAAAGAAAAAUAAUGUUAAACUUGAACCAAAAGUGUUAGAAUUUGAUGUCAUUGGAGGAUCGGACCAGAAGGAGUAUGCAUUCACGCUGAACUUAAACCAGGAAGUGAUACCAGCGGACUCAAAAUACGGUGUUCUGCCCAACAAACGGAAUUUGGAAAUUGUUCUUAUCAAGAAAGUUGAAGGAAGUUGGCCCAAGUUACAACAGGAAAGCAAAAAACCUAACUGGUUAAAAACAGACUUCAGUAGAUUUAAAGAUUCGGAUGAGUCUGAUACGGAGGAGCCAGAGGGUGGAGACUUCGCUAAUGUAAUGAAUCAGUUGGGAUCAUUCGAACAGCCCGAGAUGCCCGAUGAUAUGCCCGAAGAAGAAGACAGUGACGACGACAUGCCCGAUCUGACGGACAGCUAGGAACGCCACCUAGUGGACAAGUCUAAAACUUAAAGAGCUUUGUGCACAUCAUGGUUUUCUGCAGUUGGCCUGGUGGACUCUUGAAAGUGGGACCUAAUUAGAAAUUAUUAUGUGGUUUGAUUGUUGUUCUGAACACACCAGAAAACUUUGAUCUGCGCAGAUUUUCAGAAAUUCCUGAUUUUGGCUUCUUUGUAAAAAUUCGCCCAAGUUCAUCAUGUUCAAAACUUUAGGAGAUUUGUACCUAACUUUUAUUUCUCAUACGUUUCACAACUGUACUACUAUGUCUGUGCUCUGACAUGCAGUUGUUUUCUUUUUGCUUUUUCUUUCAAAACCAGUUUGCAAGUAUCUCUUGGUUUUGAGUUUGUCAUUGAAGAUAUGUAUGUCAUUCAGAAGUGUCGAUUACAUGUUGCACAUUACUGUUUAACACUUGGCUUUAUUUCUGCUAUAUGGGUAGGUUUGAUAUAGUCUGAAUUCAGACUCCCAGAUUGUCUUAAUUCCGAAAUGACUCCAAGUGAAGGCUCGUCCAGAACUGAUUUCAGAUUAUCUACAUUCAAAAGGUAAUUCUAGUUGUUGCAUUAAAAAGUAUUUUAGAGGUUGAGAUGAAAAUUUGGGUAAGAGGCGAGAUGUCUGUUUGAGAAAGUGAUGCUGUAUUGAGCUGUUGAAACUGUCUUUACAUUCCUUCCAAUGCAGUUGAUGGAGGGGUGUCUCAAUGCCAUGCCGGCACUAAGGAUGUCUACAUAGUUCUUAUGUGGACUGUGCCACAGAUUAACAUCCGGGAGGCAGACGAUUAUCCGAGUGUAUUAUUACCCUGAGAGCCGGACAUGUAUUGAGACACUCUUCUGUAGUCCGAUUUGCUUUUUCGACCAAGACAGAUCGGAGCCCAAGCAAAACAAAUGCGCACACUCAGAACACGUCAGAAGGCCUAAGCCAACUUUGGACAAUGCUCCUGUUUUUACCACCUGUAACUGAGCUAUGAAAAUUGUGUUGGUCCCAGUUUCUAUCUCUGUUGCGAGCUAAACUGUGACGUAUAAUGUUGGUCUCGUGGUGACAGCCUUUGAAAAUUUCCAGAAUGUCUAAAAUGUGAAGUCAUUAUUUCAGAUUUUGAUAUGGACCCUGUUCAGAUUCUUUCUGUUAAUAGUCAAUCAAAGUUGUGUAGCGCUUUUGUCCCUCGCUGUGAGGGAUAUGAUAAUAAACAAAAUUUGUACAAA